CGCGGUGACAGCCUCUACGUUUUAGCAGAGCAGAGCGCACAGAGCGGAGCAGCACGAGGCACACCGGAGUCAGCUGUCUGUCAUCAGCUGGGAGAGAGAGAGGGAGAGAGAGAGAGAGAAGCGGGGAGAAGAAAAGAGAAGAGAGGAGAAGAGAGGACAGGAGGGAGGAGUAAACGCUCCGGGUUCAAACUGACACACCGGCCUGACAGAGGAGAAGACCAGAAGGAUAAGGGACAGACGAGCGCAAGAAGGAGAGAGAGAGAAAGAGAGAGAGAGAAGGGGAGAGAAAGUGACAGGCGUUACCGAAACCAGACGAACCAAAGCGUCGACAUGAACGGACAGUUCGAGGAAGACAUCUACGACCGGGGAGAGAGGAAGAGCAGCAAGUCCCCGACGCUGCUGUCUUCUUACUGCAUAGAGAGCAUUCUGGGCCGCCGCAGCCCCUGUAAAGUCAGACUGAUCGGAGCGCAAAGUUUGACGGGUCUGCCCGGUAGAGGAGAGCUCGACAAAACGGCGGACGGGCCAACUAAAGACCCCCUGUCUCUCAGCGCUGACAUCCACCUGCCACCAAAGCUCCGCCGGCUGUACGGGCCCGGCGGCAAAUACCUCCACGACCACGCAGCGAAGCUGGACAGAGAGCGGUUGCUCCUGGAGCAGGCCAGCGACAGCCUCAAGAUCAGCCAAGCGCCCCAGGUGAGCAUCAGCCGCAGCAAGUCCUACCGGGAGAACGCGUCCCUGAGCCGGGGAGAGGGCGACCAGAGCCCCGUGGAGGGCUCGGAGGAAGGCAGCCUGGGGCUGGUAGAGCUCGGCCCACUGAAGUUCGAGGAGGACGCGGCGGGGAAGGAGGAGGAGAGCUGUGCGGACGCGGCGAGGCUGUCCCCGAAGGACGAAGAGAGGGAGAGCUUGAACGCCGGGGAUGGGGACGUGAGGGACGGGGAGGACAGCGUGUGUCUUUCGGCGGGCAGUGACUCGGAGGAGGGGAUGCUGAAACGGAAGCAGAGAAGAUACAGGACUACGUUCACCAGUUACCAGCUGGAGGAGCUGGAGAGAGCUUUCCAGAAGACACACUACCCCGACGUAUUCACAAGAGAGGAGCUCGCAAUGCGCCUGGAUCUCACCGAGGCCCGCGUCCAAGUGUGGUUCCAGAACCGCAGGGCCAAGUGGAGGAAACGCGAGAAGGCCGGGGUGCAGGCCCAUCCGUCGGGCCUGCCUUUCCCAGGCUCCCUGACUGGGGGCCACCCUCUUAGCCACUACCUGGACGGAGGCCCCUUUCCACCCCAUCCCCACCCGGCCCUGGAGUCCGCCUGGACGGCUGCUGCAGCAGCGGCCGCUGCUUUCCCGGGCCUUGCCCCACCACCACACAAUGGCGCCGCCCCACCCCUGGCCACCCAGCUCGGCCUGGGCACUUUCCUGGGCACGGCUGCAAUGUUUCGACACCCUGCCUUCAUCGGACCCACUUUUGGCAGGCUCUUCUCCAGUAUGGGUCCCCUGACCAGUGCUUCCGCCGCUGCAGCCCUCCUCCGCCAGCCCGCCCCUCCCGUGGAGAACCCCUCCCACGCGGGGCCCGUCCUCCCCGACCCUUCAACUUCCUCCUCGUCCUCCUCCUCUUCCUCAGCGGACCGCCGGGCCUCCAGCAUCGCUGCGCUCCGCCUCAAGGCCAAGGAACACUCGGCCCAGCUCACCCAGCUUAACAUCCUGCCCGCCGGAGCCUCGGGGAAGGAGGUGUGCUGAACACUCCCAACCCCAGCCCUAGCCCCCCACUCCAACCCCCCCCCCGUCCCGGGCUUGCGUCCCAUUCCAUGACACCCCUGUUACAUCCCCCUUGUCAAAGAACUCCUUCAUACCUCUGGAGGAAGCUGUCUCCAUGUCCCCUGUGUUCAACCAUCCCUGUUACCUCAUGUGUCCCCAACAAAAUAGCAUGACCAAAUUCAAAAGAGCACCGGCUGAGAAAAGUGUGUGUCUGUGUGGGUGUGUAGUUCAACGUUGGUUAAAACAUAGCACGAGAAUACAAAUUUUUUAAGCAUAAACAAAAUAUUUCUAUUAAUUAUUCUUUCACACAAACUGAAAUUAUCUCCUCUGUCAUUUCUCCUGAGCUAUAAUAUAGAGAUUGCCCAUGAAAUGUUGUUCUACAUGGAAAACAAAACACACAGCACAUCAUCAGUGGAGGAAUGUAACAAAGUUCACCGACGUUGAGUUGGAAUUUAAAGUACUUGUUUGAUGCCACUUUAUCUUUCACCAUAGUUCAGUGGAAAAUGAUCUAAACUCUGCACUACAUUAUUUUACAAAUUAUUUAAUUUGAAUUAAUAUUUAGACACAAACCAUAUCUGAUGAGCUUAUGAAAUGUCGGGUCUUGUUUUAGCUCGAACGAACAGUUCACGCUUUUCUUAAAUGAAUGCCUCAAUAAUUACAAUAACUCAGUAUUGUAUUGCUGUAAAUUGAAACUAUUUAAUAGUUAAUACUAAAUAAUAAAAUGAUAAUUUUGCCCAUGCCAUUUAUGUACACCCACUUAAGGAACAUUCUUAAAUCAGGAACUUUUGGUAUUUUACUGUGUAAUCUGACUACUUUUACUUCAGGAUCUGUCAUCACACACACACACACAUACACACACACACACACACACACACACACACACACAGAGCUGAAGCUCCGCCAGGGAAAGCCGAGACUUUAUAUAUAUAAAAAAGGAUUCUUCUCGUGCCACUUCACACGUGCACAGCCCGAGUGCUCGAUAUUAAACACUGCUCUGCUUACUCGGUAUGCAUGGACGUGGGCUGAGCUGGCCUGCGUCUGUAAUAAAGGUGAGUUGGAGGAAGUGCCCCCCCCCCCCGUGCCAAAGGAAACCUGUCCAUAGACCUUCCAUAGCCUUCUCUCGACGAGCCUGACUCCUCGACGCUCUGCACGCCGGUCCCACAGUGACACUCGACAAUACAUAUACACACAUAUAUAUAUAUAUAUAUAUGUAUCAAAGACGUGUACAGCUCUUUGACUGCAGCAGCGGUGAUGUUCCUGCUGUUUCAGAGUCAGGACGUGUGAGCAGACCUGAGGCCGACGUGUCUCUACUGACGUGACUGUACAUAUUGUGUAAAGAAAAAAAAAACAGAGGGGGAAAAAGUACACGGAGAAAAAAAAAAUGAAUGAUUUUCAAAACAAGGUCGUGUAUAUUUGAGGGAGACCGUGUUUUGAUAAUUUGCACUCGGUGUAGUGUUUUAAUGAAUGUUGCCCUGUGUAGAAUUUCACCUGUGUUUAUGAAUUAUUAUUAUUAUUAGGUUUUUAGAGAAUUAUUUAUGUCAACUCUUCCCCCCCGUCCCCCCCGCCCCAACUUGAGGAACUGAGUGAAGGACAGUUUUUCUGCUUUCUUUAUAAGUGAUUGUAAGUUUCCUGGUUUAUUAAUGCUAAUUUGAAAAUAAAUAACAUUGGUAAAAUGA